AUGAACAAACUCUUUGGCUACAUACACACCUAUGAGGAGGCCUGCCUAAUUGUCCAUGCUGUGAGACUAGGGUAUUUGAAUGCAAUAGAAGGAAGACUAACACCUGGUGAGAGGGAAAGCAUCCGGUCUGGAGACAUCUUCUGCUUUGUGGAGUCUCCAAAUGGGAUGAAGAGGUGGACAGACGGAAAGACCUGGUCUCCAUCAAAAAUCCAUGGCCAGUUUCUUCUAUAUCAGGAGGUUCCCAAGCACAUGAACAAGAGCGCAAUCGGAAAGAGGAAUCGCCAGAAGUCCCUUUUGGGAAUAAGGAAGGACGCUAAGGCCAGAGAAAAGAUCAUUAACUGGGACGACAAGCUUUCCCUCAACAAAAAGACCAUCUCCAUUUUUCUGCAGAACAAAACCUAUCACGUGAUAGCAUACUUCAGGCCGAUGUUCUCCAGAGUGUCCCUAAUAAAGAUCCCGCUAUUCAAUCAGAUGGACGUGGCAUUGAAGGCAUAUCCAGAGCUUCUUUCCGACGAGUUUCUCGGCACGGUGGAUGACAAGGAUGACUUCUAUCUGAAGUUCAGGCUACCGUUUCCCUCCAAGCAAGUAAUAUUCCCCGAGAUCAAAAGACAUUCCUUGGAGGAAAUAGCGAGCAGUGUGCUAGCAGAAUGGAUGCAACAGAAAAUGAAAAGUAAUGAUGUAAAUAAGAAAUAUGUCUGCCUGUAUAAUAACAAUAAAUGA